CAUGUACGCUAGAACUUCCGGUUUGGAAAAUCAAAACACAAGUUUAACGUUUUUCCAUUCUUUCUGCGUUUACCUUGUUUUAGCCCACAUAUAUAACGCCUCGGGAUGGCGGCAGAAGACGAUGAUUUUGAGGCUCAGUUACGACAAGAAGCAUUGGAAAAAGACCGCAUAGAACAUACCAGGAUUCGAACAGAUUCUGAUGGGACACAAUACGAAUGGGAUGAAGAGAAACAAGCCUGGUUUCCAAAGAUUGAUGCAGAUUUCAUUGCCCAGUACCAGAUGAGCUAUGGCUCAAAUACAAAUGAGGCUUCCACUGCCGAACCUAAUAAAUCUGCUGCAUCAACAACAGCUCCAUCUAUACCAAACACAAAGGAAUCAAGUUCGGAUAAUUCUCAAAUUCCUGAUGGAAGUGAUCCUAAUUUUUACUACUGGUGGUACUAUUACUAUGGCCCCUAUGCUGCUUCAAAACAACAACAAAAUGAAACCAUGGCUUCCAAUGAUGAACAGGGUGAAACUAAUGAUGGGCAGAAUGAGCCUAACAUGUCCUCUAAUGAACCACCAGGUCAGCAGGAAAGUGAAGAGGAUGACGCUGCAGCAUCUAAGCAAGAGCACUGGGGUGAAAUCAAAACAACUAAACUGGAAUAUCUGAGAGAGACUGCAAUAUCAAAGCAAACUAAAGAGGGAAGUAUGUCCCAGAAAACAGAUGAUAAAACACCAGAAAGUGAAGCAAAUGUUGAAACUAUCGAAGAGAAAACACAUGAAAGUGAUGUUAAAAACACUGAGAAAAAUAAUGAUGAUAACCAAACAACAGAAAUUGGUGAUACAACAAUUCAAAGUGAUGAAAAAGUGGAGAAUGGUGACCAAACAACACAAAGUGGUGACCAAGCAACACAAAAUAUAGGACAAACAACACAAAGUGACCAGAGUUCAGCUGAUUAUGAUUGGUCAGCUUAUUAUAAAGCAAGUUAUGAGGAAUUCAAGAAACAAGGUGAUUCUGAUAAAUGGGCUGCGUAUUUCAAAACUUAUUAUGAUGCCCAUCAACAAGAAGAUGAUGCACAGGAGCAUGACCAUUACUUCUCCCAGUAUUAUGGGGAAAACUACAAGCCAGAUGUAGAAGCCCAUGAGAUCGAAGAGGCUGAAGCCAAGAAGAAUAAGAAGCGUAAAGGCAAGAAGGGAAAGGAAAAAGAGGUGACACCAGGAGUCAAGAGAGAAAGAGAACCACCUAAAUGGUUUGAGGUGGAGGAUGACAAACAGACGCAGAUGUACAUCUCUGAUAUGCCCAAUGACAUCACAGAUGAUGAGUUAAAUGACUUGAUGAGUAAAUGUGGAAUGAUCAUGUUUGACCCCCACACUAAGAAACCCAAGCUGAAGCUGUAUAGGGAUAAAGAUGGGCAGCCUAAGGGUGAUGGUUUAUGCUGCUUUAUAAAGAGAGAAUCUGUGGAUCUGGCCAUACAGUUGGUAGAUGGUUAUAAUCUGAGAGGGAAGACAUUGAAAUGUGAAUUGGCCAAGUUUGAACUGAAAGGAGAAUAUGACCCCAAGAAAAAGAAAAGAGCCCUGAGUAACCAUGCCAAAAGAAAGUUAAAAGAAAAACAGGAAAAAUUGUUUGCCUGGCUUCCUGACAAGCCUACUGGAGAGAGGAAAAGGUUCGAAAGGGUUGUCAUAUUGAAGAAUAUGUUUGAUCCAAAAGAAUUUGAGACUGAUCCUGGUGAAAUCAAUGAAUUGACCAAAGAUCUGAGGGAGGAGUGUUCCAAAUAUGGCGAUGUAAGAAAAGUCACGAUCUACGACAGGCAUAAAGAUGGCAUCGCUAGUAUUAUGUUCCGGGAAGCGGAAGAAGCUGAUGUUGCUAAGGAGGCUUUAAAUGGUCGUUGGUUUGCGGGAAAACAAAUCUCUGCGGAAACAUGGGAUGGCCGUACAAAGUAUGAAGUUCAGGAAACAGAGGAGGAACGUAAUGAAAGACUGAAAAAAUGGCAGGAAUAUUUAGAAUCGGGAGGUGAUGAUAAAAAAGAAAAACCCAAACAACCUAAAAGUGAAAUUAAUUCAGAGUCCACAAAUAUUGAAAAUGACUCAAGUGCUGCAGAUUCUACACAAGAGAAACCUUCAGGGAAAGUGAAUAAUGCCAAAGUGGAUAUUGAAAACACAGCAGACGAUUCCAUCGAAAAACAGCAGGAAGGUCCACAGGAAGCAAUGGAAACUAGCUAACACCAGGUGGCGCUACUGGAUGGCAUCUCAGCUGCAUACAGUGGGAUGGCAAAAAUAUCUCUGGAUUCUAGAGGAAAUUCAACUCAAAGAUGGUUGUUAGGAAGACAACCAUGAGACAGAUUUGAGACAAUAAAAUAUAACAAUGGGAUGAGAUAACAAUAUAAAGUGACAAUAAUAGACAUCCAUAUGAUGAGAUAACAAUGAAAUAAGACAGCAAUGGGAGAGAUGAUAAUGGGGUAAGACAACAACAUGAGACAAUAGGAGAACAAUAUGAUAUGACAAUAAAAGACAGCAAUGGGAUAAGGCUACAAUAAGAUAAGACAAUAUGACUAUGGGAUAAGACAACAGAGGGAUAACCAGGGAUGAGAUAAUGUGACACUUGUAGAAUAUAACAGUGAAUUAGAAAACAAUGGGCAACAAUUGCAGCACUUCUAGUGGCAUUCAAGUACAACAUAUUAAAGUACAUCAGUCAUGGAGUAUCAGUGUCAACAAUGAAUUUAAAACAACAAUGACACAUGCUGUUCCAAAAAUAACAACUGCAUCGGACCUUAUGACCUGAAUUUACCUAGAAAGUCACCCAGCACACUUAGAAACUCCAUAUUUACAAUAAUUCA